AUGUCGAAGGGAGUAAAGCUUGUGCCCAUUCUACUGAUGGGAUUUGCACUUUCUCUUAGCGUAUUUGUAUUGUGGACAUCGCCGUCAUUGGAGGAAGAACAGUUACGGAAGAAGACUCGACGCCAGCAGCUCGAACGAAACAGCUAUCAGCUUCCUAGAAACCGACAAAAGAACCGCCUUGGCAAUGGUGGUGGCGGACGAAGACUUCAUCAGAAGGACGACCGCAAGUACGCGUUCGAGGCGGACAACGGCGAGUUGCUAUCAGCAAUACCGCUUCUGGGUGGAUCAGCUGGCAAAAAAUCGCGCUACCGCAUGUUGCUGAUACCCGUGGGAGAUGCUUCGGUCCAUGCGAAUCAAGCUCCUGGCAUGACAAUGGCUUACUCGGGAGAGGCAACAGCACACGCUCUCAAAGAUACCCGAACCGAUGCUUCCUCCCAAGAACCAGUUCCAUCGGAGACUUUGUCCAGCGAAGCAACACUGGAGCAUUCGGCAGGUCGUUUAUCGGAAGAGACGGCGUCUACGGCCAUGGCCAUUUCUUCGCAGCAGAGCCAACGAGGACGAAACUAUCAGACCAUCUUCUUUGUUUUGCGCCUUUCUUUGAUGGGGACCAUGAUUAUGUUUCUCUUUGCACGACAUCACUUGAGAGCAGCGUUUUCAGAUGGCGACGACCGAAUCGCGGAAGACGACGACAGCGACGUUUCCCAGUACUCCACAGGCGGUCUGAUCUACUCGAACUCUCCAGCCGACGUGGGCUAUGGAACCAUUGCGUUCUGGCAUUGUGAUGACUCCUUUGAAAAGUUUGAUCUCUGA